AUGUACGUGCAAUAUACGACAUAUCUCUGGUAUCAACAACCCUGUCGCCACCACCUGAGUAAUCCUUACCCAGAAGCAAUUGACUUACAGGACAUAGCCACAGUGCAAACCAACGACACUGAUAUUGAGCGACUGCGCAAGCAAUCUAUGCUGCGCAGCGAACACUUGCCACUUCCGUCCUCAGACAACAAAGUAUACUGCGACGUCUUUCUAGGUCACCCUAGACCAGUAGUCCCAUCAACCUUACGCAGAAAGGUUUUCGAGACACUGCAUAACUUGUCACACCCAGGCAUCCGCGCCUCAGUGAAACUCAUCACUGAUCGUGUGGCACAACAUCCAAAAGGACAUCCGCCAAUGGGCAUACCAGCGAAGGCUUACAACCCGACAGCCAACAGGAUCUUCGAGCUUUUCCAUCGACAACUGAAAAGUGCUCUGGUAGCACAGGUGAAUCCAGACUGGGAGGAGUCUCUACCUCCAAUCCUCUUAGGUUGCAGAUCAGCCUUCAAAGCUGAUAUGCAGUCCACAUCGGCAGAGUUGACUUUCGGUCGCACAUUACGUCUUCCAGGAGAAAUGGUGGAACCGACUCAACCAACUGACUUCAACUACAGUGACUAUGCAGCUCGUUUAGUACAUCGUAUGCGCCAGUUGCAUAUUCAACCACUUCGCCAGCAAACGCACUAG